GGUGGAGGCGGAGUCUCGGCUGAGGUGACGCUCCUGUUACACAUUUUUGUUCAGAGGACUGUCGGCCAGCAGAAGCAGCAGCGGCGGAGAGGAAAGAGAAGAAGGGAGGAAUACAGAGAAGUGUCCCGCACUGAAGGAAACAACUCUAAUCUGGAAUAAAAACUUGAACACUCCGGUGUGUUUCGACAGGUUUGCUUCAGCGUUGUUCUGUGAUAACGGGAAGCCAGGAUGGCAAUGAUGGGUGACUCCGAAGCCGGCAUCACGAAGGUGACAGAGUGGCAGGAGACGAGGUAUGGCAUCGACUCCGGCAUCCAGUCUGGAGCUAAUACGAUCAGAGAUGAGGACGGUGACUUCAUCACCACCAAGAACUACACCUACACCACUGUCACAACCGAGCAGCCUGACUUAGAUGCUGGUACCAGAGCUGCAAGAGUGCGUGCUGCAAUGUUCCCAGAGCCAGGAAUGACCAUCCUGUCCUCUCAGACCGACCCGUCCCAGAUGACCAACGUCCAGAAGCUGGCAGAGCCGUCCCAGCUGCUCAAGGAGGCUAUCGUCCAUUUGAUCAACUACCAGGAUGACGCAGAGCUGGCCAGCCGUGCCGUGCCUGAGCUCACCAAACUGCUCAACGAUGAAGACUCGGUGGUGGUCAGCAAGGCAGCACAGAUUGUCAACCAGCUCACACGCAAGGAGGCAUCUCGGCGUGUGAUGAUGCAGUCCCCGCAGAUGGUGUCGGCGGUGGUGCGGGCGAUGCAGAACACAAGCGACAUGGAGACAGCCCGGGCUACAGCUAGCAUUCUGCACAACCUGUCCCACCAGAGAGAGGGCCUGCUCUCCAUCUUUAAGUCUGGAGGCAUCCCUGCUCUGGUCCGCAUGCUUAGCUCUCCCAUGGAGUCUGUGCUCUUCUACGCCAUCACCACACUCCACAACCUGCUGCUGCACCAAGAAGGAGCCAAGAUGGCGGUGCGUCUGGCUGACGGUCUGCAGAAGAUGGUUCCCCUGCUGAAUAAGACCAACCCCAAGUUCCUGGCCAUCACCACAGACUGUCUGCAGCUGCUGUCGUACGGCAACCAGGAGAGCAAGCUCAUCAUCCUCGCCAACAGGGGUCCUGAGGGUCUGGUUCACAUUAUGAGAAACUACAACUAUGAGAAGCUGCUGUGGACAACAAGCCGUGUGCUCAAAGUCCUCUCUGUGUGCCCCAGCAACAAACCCGCCAUUGUUGAGGCUGGUGGGAUGCAGGCUCUGGGUAAACACCUGUCAGGCACAACCCAGCGCCUACAGCAGAACUGUCUGUGGACACUUAGGAACCUCUCUGAUGCUGCUACCAAGCAGGAGGGUAUGGACAGUCUGCUGCAGACCCUGGUCGGCCUCCUCAGUUCAGACGACCUCAACAUGCUCACUUGCUCCACCGGCAUCCUGUCCAACCUUACAUGCAACAAUGCCCACAACAAAUCUCUGGUUACCAUGAACAACGGUGUGGAGGCUCUGAUCCAUGCCAUACUGCGCGCCGGUGAGAAGGAGGAUGUGACCGAACCUGCUGUUUGUGCUCUGCGCCACCUGACCUCUCGCCACCAACAGGCUGAGCUGGCACAGAACGCCGUGAGACAACACUACGGCAUCCCCGCCAUCGUCAAGCUGCUCAACCAACCCUACUACUGGCCUGUCAUCAAGGCUGUGGUCGGCCUGAUCCGCAACCUGGCGCUGUGCCCGGAGAACCAGGCCCCUCUGAGAGACGCUGGAGCGAUCCCCCGCCUGGUCAACCUGCUCCUCAAAGCCCACCAGGACGCCCAGAAAUCAUCCGCCCAGCAGACUUACCAGGAUGGAGUGAGGAUGGAGGAGAUUGUGGAGGGAUGCACAGGAGCUCUGCACAUCCUGGCCAGGGACCCUACCAACAGAGCAGAGAUCGCCAACCUGCAGACCAUCCCCCUGUUUGUUCAGCUCCUCUACUCUCCUGUGGAUAACGUGAAGCGUGUGGCGGCGGGCGUCCUGUGUGAGCUGGCUCUGGAUAAAACAUCAGCUGAGAUGAUUGAUGCAGAGGGAGCGUCAUCUCCACUGAUGGACCUGCUCCACUCCAACAACGAGGGCAUUGCUACCUACGCUGCAGCUGUGCUCUUCCGCAUCUCUGAGGAUAAGAACUCCGACUACAAGAAGCGUGUGUCUGUGGAGCUCACACACUCUCUGUUCAGACACGACCCCGAUGCCUGGGAGAGGGCCCAAAACAGCAUCCCAGCAGAGGGACCAUAUCCAGAUGAGCUGGAUGCUGGAUUCCAGGGUUAUGGAGGUUAUUCGGCUGACAUGCCCAUGGACGGCAUGGACGGGGGCAUGAUGCAGGACGACUACACAAACAGCAUCGCCUACGACAGACAAGCAUACCCUGAGUACUGACCUUAAGACUCAGAGGAGAGGAGAGAGGAGGUGGAGGAGCUGAUGCGGGACGGAAGAUGACGAUGAAGAGAACAGUCGUCAGUAAAGAUGAUCCCUCCGGCUCUCAGCCUGAUGUAAUAUAUGCAAUUAUCACUGAGUACGGGACUUAUAUUGUUAACAGGGCUCUACUUUGUUUUAUAGCAUAAUUUUGAUUUUAAUUCUGACAGUGAUGAUGCUUGUAGGCUUCUGUUAGGGAACCUUCAAAGAGUGCGUGUGUGUGUGUGUGAGUAUGUGAGUUGAGUUUGUGCGUGUGUGUGUGUGUGUGUUUGCGCUUUUGGGUGGGUAUUCUAUGCCAAAGAGAUUUUAUUUUGUGAUGAUAAUCAUGUAGCUUCUUCUUUUUUUAAGAAAAGGUAAAAAAAAAAGAGAAUAAUAGUUGAAAACACUGCCAGAGGUGGCUAAACGUGCACGGUGCACCUGCUCACCGCUCUCCUUUCUUUCUUUAACGCCUUCAUAACAGACACUGCUGUCUACGCUGCAGUUUGACACUAUAUACUGUCGACUUUCUCCCGCUGUUAGAGAGCCAGGUCAAACAGUCUCUGUCUUUCUCUCAGCACUGAUUCAGUAGGAGUGAACAAACGAUGAGAUGUGGAGGUCUGUGACGGACCUCGCAGAGAGCAGUGUGGGGCCGCCCCUGACUCUGACAUACCGUGGAUUACUUUAUAGAGUGUAGAUGUUUGUUUUUAUGAAAUGUAUCUCAUCUUUUAUAAGUUAAUCCCAGGGAAAGAUUCUCAUAAUCUGGCUUUACCAGAGUAUAAACAAAGAUGUCCCUCAUUAUGUACUGAAUCUUAAAGAAAAGACGGUUAUGUCAGUGUAAUAAUCGAAUCAACAUAUGAGAUAGAGCAGUCAGGGUCGGCCCCACAGCUGGAGAAAACUACUGACAGGAAGAUUUGUCUUUCUACUUAAUAAGAGUUUUUACUGAAAUUUUGUUUAAUAAAAAAAUAAAGGAUUUAUUAAAAGUA